UGGGGCUGGGGCAGGGCGGGUGGCGCAGAGCCGGAACCCUCCCGUCCCCGAGUCUCGACCGGCCGCCGAGGAGCCGGGGAGGGCUCCCCAUGAAGCGACGGAGGAUGAACAAGCUGUACAUCGGCAACCUCAGCCCCGCCGCCACCGCCGACGACCUGAAGCAGCUUUUCGGGGAGAGGAAGCUGCCCCUGGCCGGUCAGGUCCUCAUCAAGUCCGGCUACGCCUUCGUGGAUUACCCGGACCAAAACUGGGCCAUCCGCGCUAUCGAGACCCUCUCGGGGAAAGUGGAGCUGCACGGCAAAGUGAUGGAAGUGGAUUAUUCCGUGCCCAAGAAGCUCAGGAGCAGGAAGAUCCAGAUCCGAAACAUCCCGCCACACCUGCAGUGGGAGGUGCUGGAUGGCCUGUUAGCUCAGUAUGGGACAGUGGAGAAUGUAGAACAAGUCAACACAGACACAGAAACAGCCGUUGUCAACGUAACGUAUGCAAGUAAAGAAGAAGCAAAAGUAGCAAUUGAGAAGCUGAGCGAUCACCAGUUUGAGAACUAUUCCUUCAAGAUUUCCUACAUCCCGGAUGAAGAGGUGAGCUCCCCUCCGCCCCCACAGCGAUCCCGCCGCGGGGGCCACUCUUCCAGGGAGCAGGGCUCCUCCCCGGGGGGCUCCUCACAGCCCAAACAGCUCGAUUUCCCACUGCGGAUGCUGGUGCCCACGCAGUUUGUUGGUGCGAUCAUAGGAAAGGAGGGCUUGACCAUAAAGAACCUUACUAAGCAAACCCAGUCCAAGGUUGACAUCCAUCGGAAGGAGAACGCUGGCGCUGCUGAAAAGCCCAUCACCAUCCAUGCCACGCCGGAGGGGUGCUCGGAAGCAUGUCGCAUGAUCCUUGAUAUCAUGCAGAAGGAAGCUGAUGAAACUAAAUCAGCAGAAGAGAUUCCCUUGAAAAUCCUAGCACACAACAGCCUGGUGGGGCGGCUCAUUGGCAAGGAGGGCCGCAACCUCAAGAAGAUUGAGCAGGACACGGGCACGAAGAUCACCAUCUCCCCCUUGCAGGAUCUGACCAUUUACAACCCCGAGCGGACCAUCACGGUGAAGGGCAGCACUGAGGCGUGCUCCAAGGCUGAAGUGGAGAUCAUGAAGAAGUUGCGAGAGGCCUAUGAGAACGAUGUGGUGGCCGUCAAUCAGCAAGCCAACCUGAUCCCAGGACUGAACCUUAAUGCUUUGGGCAUCUUCUCAACUGGGCUGUCAAUGCUCCCAUCUAAUCCAGGGGCGCGAGGGGCUGCAGCAGCUGCCCCAUACCCCCCAUUUGCACAGCAGAGUGGUCGGAGGAGAACGAGCUCCUCAGCAUACCUGUCAGGUCUGUACGGAACGCCCCCAGGCAGCGCCUUUCCCCAUCAGCACCCUCUGCCGGAGCAGGAGGUUGUGAACUUGUUCAUCCCAACGCAGGCAGUGGGGGCCAUCAUUGGGAAGAAGGGGCAGCACAUCAAGCAGCUGGCACGAUUUGCUGGCGCCUCCAUCAAGAUUGCCCCAGCAGAAGGUCCUGAUGCCAGUGAGCGGAUGGUCAUCAUCACAGGGCCACCCGAGGCUCAGUUCAAGGCCCAGGGGAGGAUAUUUGGGAAGCUGAAAGAGGAAAACUUCUUUAACCCAAAAGAAGAAGUGAAGCUUGAAGCCCACAUCAAGGUGCCUUCCUUUGCUGCUGGCCGUGUGAUAGGCAAAGGUGGCAAGACGGUGAAUGAACUGCAGAACUUAACUAGUGCAGAAGUCAUUGUGCCACGAGACCAAACCCCAGAUGAGAAUGAGGAGGUCAUUGUUAAAAUCAUUGGGCAUUUCUUUGCCAGUCAGACUGCACAGCGCAAGAUCAGGGAGAUCGUCCAGCAGGUGAAGCAGCAGGAGCACAAACACGUUGCUCAGGGAGCCCCGGCCUUGCAGCAGAGCAAGUGAGGCCGGCACCACACCGGCCAGCACCGCCCGAUGAAUGUAACCCCACCGCCAGCGGAGCCCCACCAGGUCAGGGGAGCAAACCAAAGAAUCCCCCCAAACCUCCCCUGCCUUCAGCCGGGGUGCUGUGAGGGUACACGGAGGGGUUUUGAGAGGGCUCUUCCCACCCCACAGCCUCCCCCCCGAGUCCAUCGCCUCCUGACGCUAUCCCUUUAGUUGGACUAACAUAGGCAGAGAGAGAGAUCUGUAAUGUUCUAGAAGCCGCCCGUUCCAUCCAGGCCUGGGGGGCUGCAGUGCUCAUCGAGUGUAGAAUUAAUAUAUCAGUAACAAAACUAACACUGAUUUUAUUUUAUUGGGUUUUUAAGUUUUGUAAGAUAAUUUGGGGGAUUUUUUAAUUUGUUUUUUUUAAUUUUACAGUGGGGCGAGGUGUUUGGUUUUUAGCAAGAGCAGGCUUUUUUAGAGUUGCAAGGAAAGGAGCUAGUCCAUUGGUUCUCUGAUGCACAGUAGAGAUGUAGGAUUGCCAGCAGCAGGGGGAAAAAUGAGUGGUAAGAAGCAGUUUCUUAAGGGCUUUGAGACGAGCAGUGCCUGUAUGAGCCAACAGAAGGGAUACCGUCUCCUAAAAGAGGAAUCUCUUUCACACACCCAAUCCUCUUUGCUUCACAGAGUCCAAAAUCGGGGUUUGCAUCCCUUCUAUCCUCUUCCCGUCUGUCUGUCCAUCACUGCCCAACCCAGCCAUGCUCAUUACAUCCCCUGACAUGGACGGGCAGCACUAGCACUGCCUGCCUGGGGCAGGAAUCUGGGGAAAGAUCACUGGUGCAGUUAGACGAGGGGCAAAGGGGAGGAAGGGGGAAAACAGCUUUACCAGAGGCUGUUGUCCAGGGCUGGAAAGAACAACAAUACAACUAGCAAAUUCAUUUGAAACAAAACCAGCCCCAACCCCCCCAGGACCCACACAUCACACACACAAGAAACUACCUCAGGUUUUCGUACCUCAGCACCUUGCGCUUGUGUUUCCCUGUUAGAGAUUUUGUAUGCCUUGUAAAAUUGAUAGCUGGAGCAUCUUUUUUAUUUUUUUAAUAAAAACCAAGUUGGAAAAUGAUCUUGACCAAGUCAGCUGCGAGGUGGGAGAAGGAAACCCAUUCCCAUGCUCUUCCAUAGCCUGCUGCUGCUAGCUGAGAGCCAGGGGCCAUUCCUUCAGAGAAACCUUGAGAAAUGUUUGAAAUGACAAAAAAAAAAAAA